AUGACGUAGGCGCUGAGCCGUAGCGUUCUGCGCUGCGAUGGCGGCUCCCUUGGAGGCAGCGUGAGUGAGAAGACCCGGAGGUCCAGGUUGCAUCUAGACGAUUAUUCUAGUCUUAUGAAGUUUACAGGUGGAAGAUUAUUUUCCGCUACUGGAAGAAAUUUCAGUUAAGAAAUAAUGGCAAAUUACAAACCUGUAAUAGUUCAGACAUUUCCAAAGCUUGGAGAGAAAAUUACAAAGGAUACUUUGUACUGGAAGAAUUAUAAGACUCCCAUUCAGAUAAAGGAGUUUGGUGCAGUGAACAAUAUAGACUUUUCUCCAGUUCCUCCAUACAAUUAUGCUGUCACAGCCUCAUCGAGGAUUCACAUUUAUGGACGAUAUUCGCAAGAGCCAAUCAAAACAUUUUCUCGCUUCAAAGAUGUAGCUUAUUGUGCUACAUAUCGAGAGGAUGGGAAACUGCUUGUUGCUGGCAGUGAAGAGGGUAGCGUUCGCAUCUUUGACAUUGCUGGGCGAGCACCAUUAAGGCAAUUCGAAGGCCACACUAAAGCAGUACAUGUUGUAGGAUUUCUGUCUGAUAAGUACCGAAUAAUGUCUGGAGCAGAUGAUUACACGUCACGGGUCUGGGAUGUUUCAACCUCAUCGGAAAUAGCAUGCUACAAAGAGCACACAGACUAUGUAAGAUGUGGCUGUACUAGUAAACUCAAUGCAGAUCUUUUUGUAACAGGUUCCUAUGACCAUACAGUAAAAGUAUUUGAUACACGGACAGACAAAAGCAUCAUGAGGAUAGAACACGGGCAGCCGGUUGAGAGUGUUAAUCUGUUUCCUUCUGAAGGUCUUCUUGUGACAGCAGGUGGUCGCUACAUUAAAAUCUGGGAUAUCCUUAAAGGAGGCCAGUUGUUAGUGUCCUUGAGAAAUCACCAUAAAACUGUAACCUGUUUGUGUCUGAGCAGCUCUGGUCAGAGGCUGCUUUCAGGCUCCCUAGACCGGCAUGUGAAGAUUUACAGCACAACUUCCUACAAAGUAGUCCACAGCUUUAACUAUGAAGCAUCAAUUCUCAGUCUUGCAUUAGCUCCUGAGGAUGAAGCUCUAGUUGUAGGCAUGACAAAUGGCAUAUUGAAUGUUAAACAUCGGAAGCAUGAAGGAGAAAAAGAGGUUUUUCAUAGGAGAAGGCCUGCAUACCGAACCUUUGUGAAAGGAAGAAACUAUCUGCCAAAGCAGGAAGAUAUAUUUGUCAGCAAGCCUGUAAAGAACUAUUUGAAGAAAUAUGACAAGUUCCUGCGAAGUUUCCAGGUUUCCAAGGCUCUGGAUGCAGUGCUUCAAGGUCCUGAAAAAAAGAAUCCACCAGAAGUUACAGUUGCUGUCAUGCAAGAAUUAAGCCGCAGAGGAACACUGAAAAAUGCACUUGCUGGGCGGGAUGAAAAGCAGCUCAGUGUCCUCCUUUCUUUCUUAAUAAGAAAUGUGACUGAUGCAAGAUAUGCUCCUGUACUGAUAAAUGUUGCAGAAAUGAUUAUAGAUAUAUAUAUGCCUGUGAUUGGACAAUCCUCAGUCAUUGAUAAGCAAUUUCUGAAACUUCAAAAUCUUGUAGAGAAAGAGAUUGAUUACCAAGAGGAAUUGCUAGAAGUUUUGGGGAUGAUGGAUGCACUGUUUGCUACCAUGACAAGAAAAAAAUCCAGUUCCAUGGAUGAGGACAAAGCUGUUGAGCUGUAGAAAGCACUGGAACUGUGCUGAGCAAUUUCACCAGUGAAAUUUUUGCAUUUGGCUCUUAUUUGCACCAGAUGUGUUUACAUACCUCCUUCCCCCCAAAAAUAAACUUUACAUUUGACUGGAGAGUGAAGACCUCUUAGGAAAUAUUUUAGUGCAGCCGGGGUGGGUUUUUAAAUUCAAAUGCUAUUUAACUAUCCUUUUAUUUAUGCAAAUUCAUUAGGCUCCCUAUUUUAGAUUAUUCAAAUAUUUUUCCAAUCAUUAAAUCAUCAGCUGCUAAAGUAGAAAUAAAUGUCAGAACUUCAAGAAAACUGUAUCAUACUAUACUUGCAAUCUCUCUCAUGGGACCAUUUGUAUUUAAUUAGGUCUGCUUUCAUUUGGGAAAACCAAGUCUUUGGAGAUAGUUCUAUGUCAACUUUCAACAAAAUUAUUUCUGUUAAAAAUCUGAAUCUUUUCUGAAAUUUUUAAAUUCUAAGGAUAAGAAUUUAUCAUAAACAUGUACUUUAUGUUGAUAUCCCAGCAGAUGAAAAUAAAUGAUAACA